CUCUCCCCCCGCCCUGCUCCCAGCUGGGAGCGCCCGGGUCACCGGGCCAUGGCUCUGGAGAAGCGCCUGGGCGGCUGCGAUAGACCGGAGGAGACCCACGAACAUCUCCAGAUAGACCCGUGCUGAGUCACGACUGGGAGGCCCCACAGUUUCCCCCCCCCCGCCCGCGGGUCCCGGCGCACACCCCAUCGCUCCUCCCCGCUUCAAAAAGGAAGGAAAGGGCAAACCCCAGCCCUGCGUGAGGUGCGGGCGCAGCCGAGUUCCUCGAGCCGCCAGCCCUCUGAAAACCUCCCCCGACGGUGCUCUGCAGACGACGGACCAACUCAGCACAGCAGUGAGCAGCCAGCUGUCCCUCCCCAGGCUGCCGGGAUGGAGAGUCGGCAGCACAAAGCCGCCAAGGAGCCGGAGAUCGAGCUCUUCGUGAAGGCUGGUCUGGAUGGAGAAAACAUCGGAAACUGCCCCUUCUGCCAGCGCCUCUUCAUGGUGCUGUGGCUCAAAGGGGUCAAGUUCAAUGUCACCACAGUGGACAUGGCCAGGAAACCUGAAGAGCUGAAAGACUUAGCACCGGGCACCAACCCACCCUUCUUGCUGUUCAACAAGGAGCUGAAAACAGACUUCAUUAAGAUUGAGGAGUUCCUGGAGCAGACCCUGUGUCCACCCAUGUACCCACACCUGAGCCCCAAGUACAAGGAGUCCUUUGACGUGGGGAGCGACAUCUUUGCUAAGUUCUCAGCAUACAUCAAGAACCCACGCAAGGAAGCCAAUAUCAAUCUUGAGAAGGCCUUGCUGCGGGAGUUUCAGCGGCUGGAUGUCUAUCUGAACACCCCUCUCCCUGAGGAGAUUGACCAGGACAGUGUGGAGGACAUCACCAUCUCCCAGAGGAAAUUCCUGGAUGGAGACCACCUGACGCUGGCUGACUGCAACCUCCUGCCCAAACUGCACAUCAUCAAGAUCGCAGCCAAGAAGUACCGUGACUUCGAGAUCCCAGGGGACAUGACGGGUGUCUGGCGCUACCUCAACAACGCCUAUGCCUGCGAUGAGUUCAGCCACACGUGUCCUGCAGAUGAGGAGAUCGAGCACACCUAUGCCAGCGUGGCCAGGAAGAUGACCUAGCACCACUGUGGGACACGCUGGCGGCAUGGCCCCAGCCCAGAACCUCCACCUCCACAGCUCUGGCACCCCCAGACCCCGGCAAGGGAGGGGCUGGAGGGGGUUUAUGGCAGUGCUACUCCCCCGCCUUUCAGAAAUCAUGCCUUGCUUCACAGCCCCCUGCUCCUCCUCUGCAGGCUGGCAGCAGCCCCCCCUUGCCAUGGCAGCGCUGCUCCCGAGGGCUGUCCCUGCGUGGCUUCAUCCUCACUCCCAAAGCACCGAUCUCACAGCCUGGGAACAUGUGCCAUGGGAAAAGCCAAGUGCUUACCUCCUGCAGCAGUGGUGGAACCUGCCCACUCUCCUGGAGCUGCUCCACUGUCAGCCCCCAUGCUGAGGAAGGGGCAUCCCGGGGAGUCCCAGCACUUCACCAGGGCUGGAGCCUUUUGAAUUCACCUCGUCCCCCUUCUGCACAACCUGUCUGUGGGUAAAUCCCCUCCUCCACCGAGACAUCCGGGUUCCAUCUGAAGACCCCAAAAGGCUCUGCUCCUGAUAGUUAUUGUAGUGACAAAUUGUUCUCCCUGCUAUAGAGCUUUAGCAUGGCUAACUCCCCAUCAGACAUGGGGACAGGAAGAUGAUGGGGAUGAUGCCUGCUAUGAGAAUGCUGGGACCUGCUGUGGGAAGGGAAGGAGGAGUGCAGUGACUUGAGAGGGGCUGAGGAUGGGGGAGCUGAUGGUCAGGGCAUCCCUCUCUCCCUGCCUUGCAGGUCAUUGCAGGUGAUGCUGCCAUGUGCAGCUCCCCCAUGUCCACCACCCCCUCCCCGGUCCCCACCAGCACUUCAGGUUCCUGACUGGGAGAGGGAGGCAGGGGCCAGGACAUCUGUCUGAUUCCCAUUCACAGGCCAUUUGCAAAGCUCCGUGCCUGCAUGAGAUAUGUGGGCAGGGUUGUUGCUCUCUGGCUCAGUGUUGAGCCUUCCCAUCCAGUGCCACUGAUGCAGGAGGAGUCAAAGCCUCCUCUGCACAGCCAUGACGUCCCAUUGUCCCCCAUCCAAUACCACCAGCCAGUGCACAAGGAUUCAGCCAGCCCUCCCCAGUCAGGCCCAUGGGCAAAAAAUACUGUACAGUGAGCAUGGUGGGUUCUGUGGGGAGAGGGGCAGACCCCCCCUUCAGCCCUCACUGCCACUUCCCUCUUUGCACUAAAAGAUGUGUCCUUGCAAGCCUGCCUCUGAAAGCACC